AUGCCAAUAAAAAUUCUCAUCGUCGGCGCCGGCGCAGUAGGAGCCUUCUACGCCUCGCGCCUGGCCCUCGUCCCCUCAACCCAAGUCUCUGUAAUCUGCCGAUCAAACUACACCGUCGUCCACGCAAACGGAUUCUCCAUCUCCUCCCCAAAAUACGGAUCCUACACCUUCACACCUCACCAUACGUUCGCAAACCCGCGGCAAGCUAUCGACUCGAAGAUAAAAUGGGACUAUAUUGUUGUGAGCACGAAGGCGCUGCCGGAUGUGAGUGAUGAUUCGGAGAUCUUGGAGGGCUUGGUUGGGGACGGGACCUCGAUCGUCCUGGUACAGAAUGGCCUUGGUGUUGAAGAGCCGUACUUGAAGCGCUUCCCCUCAGCUAUAAUACUGAGUGCUGUCACAAUCGUCUCCGCGGCGCAGACGGAGCCUGGUAUUAUUAAGCACAAUCGUUGGACACGCAUUAGUGUUGGACCAUACCUCCCCGGAUCCACGAGCUGGGCAGCCAUUGAGAGCAACAAGAGGUUCGUGCAACUUCUACAGGCAGGAGAGAUCGAGGAUGCAGAGGAGUACUCGCAUUCGAAGCUACAGAUGGUGCGGUGGCAUAAGAUUGCUAUCAACGCCUCGAUGAAUCCAUCUGCUGUCUUGUCUAAUGGGACUACAAAUAAUGCCAUGGUUCUGGAUCCGGAGUUAUAUAUACAUUUGAAGGCGGUAAUGGAUGAAGUUUUGAGUACGGCACCAAAGGUUCUGGGCACGCCCUUGCCGAAGGAGUUCGCAACCAGUGAAGCGAUCCUAGCCAGCACGCAGAAGAAUACGAGUGGUAGUAAGCCCAGUAUGCUACUUGACUGGGAAAAUGGAAAGCGGAUGGAGCUUGAGGUUAUACUGGGCAACCCAAUUCGCAUUGCGAGAGAAAAGGGACUGGAAAUGCCGAGGCUACAAACGUUAUAUGCGCUCUUGAGGAAAGCUCAAGAGAAUCGAGACCAAGCGAAAAGCCAAAGCCAUCUUUGA